AUGUCGAAAAAAUAUUAUGAAAAAUUGCUAAGUGAUAUUCAAAAUCAGUCAAAACCAGUAGAAUCAAAAUUCGGAUCUUAUAUUCUUAAAAAAUUUGGAUGGGAAAUAGGAAAGGGAUUAGGUAAGCACGAAAAUGGAGAAGUUGACAUAAUGAAAAUAAAAAAAUACGGAGAACAUGGGCUAGGUUAUAAAGAACAUGAAGAAAAAGAGAAUGAAAAAUGGUGGGAGAAUAUGUACAAUAAGUGUGCCCAAAAUAUUAAGGAAGUAAGUCAUAAUAGAAAUUCUAAUAAUAAUAAAGAUAAUUUAUCUUCAACAAAUGAUAUUAAGUUACAAAAUGAUAAAAAUGAAAAUAUAAAAUAUUCAAUCUUUAUAAAAAAGGACAAUUCUAUAAUAUCUACCAGUAACAACCAAGAAUCAAUAAUAUGUAAUUUAGAGAAAACAAAAUUGUCUGUUAUUGAUGAUGAAAGAAAAAAAAAAAAAAAAAAAAUUAAAAUAAAAGAUAGAGAAGUUAAUAAAAAAAGAAAUAGAAAAAUUAUAGAUGAACAUAAUACAAAAAAUACGAAAAAAUUAAAAGAAUCAGAUAGCAUAGUAAAUGAUAAAAAAAAAAUGAUUACAAAGAAAGAAAAAGAGAUAAAUAAAGAAUUAAAUAAUACAGAAAGUUUAACAAACAAAAAAAAAAAGAAAAUUAAAAAAAGAAAAAAUAAUAAAGAUAAAAAAGGAAAAAAAUCAAAGACAGAAAAAAAGAAGAAAAAGAAAAAUUGA